AUGAAGAUGUCGCAGCCCUUGGCAAACAAUAUGGGAGCCUCGGCAGAGAUCAUUUUCACCUCCUCGUCGGUUUUCAUCACUUUUUUAAUUCUCGCUAGCGGGAGUUGGUGGUUCUUGAAGUCGUGGUUGUCGUGCUCGAUGAAGUUGAUGGUUUCUUGCCAGUACUGCAUCAUCAUGUUCUUGUAUUUGCCGCUCAGACCCUGUCCGACGUUACUGAACGCUCCAGACGGGCCGCCAAACUCGUCAGAGUCGUUUUCGGCUUCGUCAUCGACGUCAUUUUCCACCUCGCCAUUAUCCUGCGACAACUCUUCCUCAAGGUCGUCCUCGACACCAAUACCUUCCUCGUCCAGAUUCGGAGGCAUCUGA